AUGUUUGACGUUAAACGAAGAGCAGGUCGACCAGAUGUCAUUCUUUUGAAAAUUGAUGGUGCACGAAAACAAGCUUCUUUUUGGGUUGAUCUGAGUCGACAUGCACACAUUGCUAGAACAUAUGGUCUUGUCUAUGAAAACAAUUCGAUUAUGCUCUUAGCUAGUUCACUGUAUGCAUUAGCACUCGGUGCGGCAAAAACAACUCUCAAUGAGGCUUAUAAUCGAGGUAUAAUCCCCUGGCCGAAAAUAAGUAAUGAUGGUGAAGUUGUUCGACGUGUUCUAAAUGGUGAAAUAUCGCCAAAGCCAUCUAACUGUAGUGAUGAUUGCUGGUCAGUUAUUUGUAAAAUGUGGGCUAAAUCGCCAAAAGAUCGACCAACAUUUGCUGAAUUAAAACAUCUUCUAGCUGAACAGUCAUUUUGUUCAAGCAGUUUGAAUACUCUAUUGACACAACUGCUGUCAAGAACAAGUGCAGAAUUUGGAACGGUAGAAAGAGAGUUUAUAAACGGUUGGCUAAACGAGUAUCGACAAAAAAUACGAGUAGAAGAAAUUUAUAAAAUCCACCAUGCAUCCUUAGAAUCAAGAUACCAACAAUUCGUUCGGUCAAAUCCGAAAUAUGCGACGCAAGAAUGUAUCGGAUGGCAUGGAACUUCAUCCAAUUGUCGAAAUGGUCAAUGCAAGUCUCUGUCAAAUUAUUUUGCACGGAUUUUGAAAGGACUCUGUACGUGGGGAGAGGCAACUUAUUAUGCCACUCAAAGCUUUGCUUGCCACACUUAUAAUGGAGAUUCACAAUCUCAAAUGCACAAUGGAACUGCUGUAAGGUGUACAAUAAUAGUAAAGCUAAAUCGUGGGAUUGCCUUCAGCAAAGAAAAGUACACACGAUUUCGGCUGGGCACUAGUUCUGACGCAUCUAUUCCUGCGUUGAUAACCAUGUUUAAACAUGAAACUGCUAAUUUUAGUCGCGAUUAUUAUAUCUGUCCGGUCGAAUAUAUCUUAUCUUACAAUGGUCCUGAAUGUUUAGGCUCGUAUCGGUAUCCCGAUACUACAAAUUACAAUGGCAUUUCUCGUGAUCUAAAUGAUUGUGGACUUGUCGAUCUCACUCCAGAGUUUUUGCAGGAACUCGCUUCGGGCAACAUUUGA